UGAUUGGCACGUGCGAUUGGUUUUGAAGCGGUGGAGCAGAGAUAUAAGGAGAGUAGUUGAAUGAUCGCUGAGCUGACGACUCACUCCACCAAGAAACAUUCCAAAACCAUGAACCUGCACAUACCGUGUCAACACCUACUUUAUUAUUCUUAGACCCAAAUUAAAAUCUAACCAAGAAUCUGCAUUUCUUCCAUAUAUCAUGACUCCGUUACAGCAAUGGCUGCGCAUGGUGGUACUUUGCGUGGUGUUCUUGAGCAUCAAGAGCCAGUGUUGGACCCUAAAGAACAAUCAUGAUCAAAUACAAGUAGAAACAAUUCAUAGCACAUAUAACUCAUGGCACAUUGGACAACAUAGGAAGCAACUUCUACAACUACAAGCACCAAAAUCUUUUAAAAUACACAAACCAAACAAAAGUAACAAUAAUAAUAAUAAUAAAAUCAAAGAAACUACUUCACCAUCACCAUCAUAUUUUCACUCUUCAUCAUUGUCACCAAAUCCUGAAAGUUUCUCACCAUCAGAAACUCCUUCAAAUUCACCUUCAUCUCCACUACCAUUAUCCCCUGAAGAUUCUCAUUCCCCUUCACCAUCUCCAUCCAAAUCCAAUACCUUUAUUCGCAAUCUUUCACCUUUACCUUCCAAAGGGGAAUCAAAGAGUUAUUCAAGGCAACAUUUUGUGAUAGUUUGGUCAACAGUUGGUGGAUUCUCAUUCUUGGUUUUGGUGUCAGCAAUUGUUUUUGCUUGCUUCAGAAGUAAUAAAGUUGUGACUGUGAAACCUUGGGCCACAGGGUUGAGUGGCCAGCUUCAAAAAGCAUUUGUAACAGGUGUUCCAAGUCUGAAAAGAGCAGAACUUGAAGUAGCUUGUGAAUAUUUCAGCAACAUUAUUGGUUCUAUACCAGAUGGAACUGUUUAUAAGGGGACACUCUCCAGUGGAGUUGAGAUAGCAGUGGCAUAUUCUUCAGUUACUUCAUCUAAAAACUGGUUGAAAAGUAUGGAAGCGCAAUACCGGAAGAAGAUAGAGACAUUGUCAAGGGUGAACCACAAGAAUUUUUUGAACCUGAUUGGAUACUGUGAAGAGAGAAAGCCAUUCACAAGGGUUAUGGUUUUCGAGUAUGCUCCGAAUGGAACACUAUUUGAGCAUCUGCAUGUCCUAGAAGCAGAACAACUAGACUGGGGAAUGAGAGUGAGGAUAGCUAUGGGAAUAGCCUAUUGCCUAGAACAUUUGCAUCAACUGACGCCGGCCGUCGCCCAUGGAGACCUGAUCUCUUCCUCUAUAUACCUUACUGAAGACUAUGCUGCCAAGUUAUCAGACCUUAGUUUCUGGAACAACAUAAAAGAUUCUGAAGCCAUUCAGCUCUCUGAAACAACUUGGACACAUAUAAAGGACAAUGUCUAUAGCUUCGGCAUGAUACUGUUUGAAUUGAUAACCGGUAGGAUUCCUUACGCCGUGGAAAACGGCUUUCGUGUGGAUUGGACGGCAGAGUAUAUAAGGAGGCAGCCCUUGAAAGAUAUGGUGGAUACAAGGCUGAACAAUUUGAAAGAAAGUGAAGUUGAGAAAUGGUCUCAAGUUAUUAAGAGUUGUGUGCAUCCAAAUGCAGAGAAAAGACCAAAUAUGAGAGAGGUUGUUGCUAAGCUGAAGGAAAUAACUGCUAUGGAGCCUGAUGGAGCAACUCCAAAAUCAUCACCACUAUGGUGGGCAGAAUUAGAAAUUAUGGAUGCGAAUUCAGACAUUAAUCCAUGAAAUUAGCCCCCACAGUUUGAUGAUAAUCUGAGCAAUCAGUUUCAUGCCAUUUUAUGAUUCUUCCUUCCUUUCUUUUUAUUUUAUUUUUAUUUCUUUCUGUGUUUACUCUGUUUUACAUGUUUCUUGUGAAGCUAACAGAAGUAGGGUGUACUUGUGUAGAAGAGAGAAUCUGUCUCAUGGAGAGAAUGGUGUAUGUAAAUAUUUGAGGAAUGGAAAAUACUUCCUUAAAUUUUCUACUUUUA